AGCAAAAAUGGUAGACAUGGAUAAGAUCUGUCGUACUUGUAUGAAAAGAGAUGUUUCGCUAGUGGACUUGUUUGGGCCUUUAAAAAUUGAAAAUUAUAGUUCUUUGAAAUUAGCAGAUGUUUUAAUGGAGACUAUCCCCUUGCAGGUAAGCAAUGAAGAUGGUCUACCACAAAGUCUUUGCGAUGAAUGUGUAAAAACAUUGCAAAUAAUGUUUGCGUUUAGAAAUCAAGCUCUCCAUUCCGAAUCUGAAUUAAAAAAACUGAUCUUUUUAAAUAAUAGAAUAAAAAAUGAAGAUGUUGACUAUCAUUAUGAAACCGACUUUGAUUUAUUUGGUUACGAGGAUUUGUCGUCUGAUGAUGUGCAAUCAUUACCAGAUACAGAACAUAAAGUCAAGAUAUACAAUUGCGUUACAUGUGAUAAAAAGUAUACUGACUAUGAAAAGUAUUUAAGACACAAAUCAGGCCAUGAGGACUCUUCAAAAUCACACCAAAAAAGUGGUAAAAAAUCUCAUAGAAAUACGCUAUUGAAAGAACGUAAAAUUAAGCACUGUGAAACCACUGAUAUUGCCAAUGUUCAAUUAGAUCCCAAGCCAGAAGACUUCCAGGUUGAAAUUAAAUUGGAAAAUGAAGAACAGAAGUGCUCUGAAUGUUCAUUAUUAUUUCAAACCCGUAAUAAAUUAUUGUCACAUUUAAAAGAACAUCUUAGCAGUAAGUCAACGGAUCAAAACCUUAACACCUCAUUCCAGCAACACAACAUAUUGGAAAAAAUAGAUACAAAAUUAAAUUUACAAGUCUGUAAGGAUCUGUUUAAAUGUCUACAAUGCAAUCUCACAUUUAAAACAUAUGGAUCUCUUUUGUCUCAUCUAAAGAAACACAAUAAAAAUUGUAGAUAUAAAUGUAACGACUGUGGUCGAGAGUUCUCUGCAAGGGGAUCUUUAAAAAGACAUUUGUUAUUGCAUUCAGAGAAAAGACCAUUUAAGUGUGAAAAAUGUUCAAAAUGUUUCGCUCGUCAGGAUGCCUUAGUCUCUCACAUGCAUAAACACAGUGAUGUCAAAAAAAACACUUGUGAAUAUUGUAAUAAAGGUAUUUAUAACCUUUCUUUCACUCAGCUGUGUGCUUUGAAGGAUCACAUCAGAACACAUACUGGCGAGACACCGUUCCUCUGCUCUGAGUGUGGGAAGGGUUUUAAAAACAGUUCCAACCUACGGCAACAUCUGGCGCGUCACGCUGGUCUUAAGCCAUUUUCGUGUAAUCUUUGCUCUAAGACAUUUUGUACCAAAGGUCAAGUAAAUAGUCACAUGCUGUCGCAUACAGGCAUUCAGCCGUUCAAGUGUAACGAAUGUGGAUCGUCAUUUACAAAGUCUACUUCAUUGAAGAAACACAAACUAAUACACCUCGGCUUAAAACCAUUCGCAUGCGAUAGUUGUGAUAUGAGGUUCACGUCGAACGACCACCUGAAGCGGCACCAGCGCCGGCACACGGGCGAGAAGCCGUACCGCUGCCCGCACUGCGCGCGCGCCUUCACGCAGAGCUACGACCUCGCCAAGCACGCGCGCACGCACCUCGGCCAGAACCUCUACCAAUGUACAAUCUGCCAAGAAAGAUUCAGACUAAUGAGAGAGUUAAGACAUCAUUACCCAGUUCACAACACCAACACUGGAUCCAUGGCAGCCACGGAUAAGGAGACACCCGUAGAGAUCCUCACAGGGUCUGCUGAUGAGAACGUAGACAAUAACAUCAACGAAAUUGCCUCGGAUGCUCAAAUAACUAUUACCUUUAAUAGGAAUGUUCUCGAAAAGGACGGAACAGGUGAUAUAACUAUAAAUAUAGGACCGGAA